UUAUUUGCUAAAAAAGUAUUACUUUUUAAAAUUAAAUAUGUAUUAUAGUAGUAGAGUAGUGCUUGACAGUAGACAAGUACCAAACAAAAUGUUGACUGCAGGUAAUUUACCCUCCAUUUUUAUGGCUCAGGCUUUGAAGAUACCUGUUGGUUCAGUUAUUCUAGGAUUUAUUGGUGAUUGUCUGCUUUGUCAUGUCCAUUUUUUACUUUUUCUACCUUGGGAAACCUAAUUGUUUUGGUUUUGGGGGCAGCCAGCCUUACCUGUCCAUUGAUUCUAGUGUUUGUUUUUUUCUUUCUAGUUUUAAACCUUUAAUUUAUAUAAGUCCAUAUUAUGCACUUUGAUAGCUUGUAAUUAUUUUUCUCAUAGUGAGUGCCACUCUCAUGCAUCUUUUUCCCUUUUGUAGCAUUUUACAAGCCGAUACUGUCCCUUUAUAUUUCCAAGGAACGUAACUCUGUGUCCAGCAUGGAGUAGAGACUGCAGCCCCAGCUAUCUGACUUCAUGUGAAAGAUGGCUAAUGCGGAAGUGAGUGUCCCAGUGGGGGAUGUGGUUGUGGUACCCACUGAAGGAAAUGAAGGAGAGAACCCUGAAGACACUAAAACCCAAGUGAUCUUGCAGUUACAGCCUGUGCAACAAGGUUUGUUUAUCGAUGGACACUUUUACAACAGGAUUUAUGAAGCUGGGUCGGAGAACAACACAGCAGUUGUGGCAGUAGAAACUCACACGAUACACAAAAUUGAAGAAGGGAUUGAUGCAAGCACCAUAGAAGCAAAUGAGGAUAUGGAAAUUGCUUACCCCAUAACUUGUGGGGAAAGCAAAGCCAUUCUCCUCUGGAAGAAGUUUGUAUGUCCAGGAAUAAAUGUGAAAUGUGUCAAGUUCAAUGAUCAGUUGAUUAGCCCCAAGCAUUUUGUUCAUCUGGCUGGCAAGUCCACCCUAAAGGACUGGAAGAGAGCCAUUCGUCUGGGUGGAAUUAUGCUCAGAAAAAUGAUGGACUCUGGACAGAUUGAUUUCUACCAGCAUGACAAGGUUUGCUCUAAUACCUGCAGAAGCACCAAAUUUGAUCUUCUGAUCAGCAGUGCAAGAGCACCAGUGCCAGGACAGCAGACAAGUGUGGUGCAGACACCCACUUCGGCUGAUGGUAGCAUCACACAGAUUGCCAUCUCUGAAGAGAGCAUGGAAGAGGCAGGGUUGGAAUGGAACUCAGCUCUCACUGCUGCUGUCACCAUGGCCACAGAAGAGGGUGUGAAGAAAGAUUCAGAGGAAAUUUCAGAGGACACUUUGAUGUUCUGGAAGGGAAUAGCUGAUGUAGGACUGAUGGAAGAGGUUGUCUGCAAUAUACAGAAGGAAAUAGAGGAGCUACUCAGGGGGGUUCAGCAGCGGCUCAUUCAGGCACCCUUCCAGGUCACAGAUGCUGCUGUUCUCAACAACGUAGCACAUACAUUUGGCCUAAUGGACACGAUCAAGAAGGUUUUGGACAACAGAAGGAACCAAGUAGAGCAAGGAGAGGAGCAGUUUCUCUAUGCUUUGACAGAUUUAGAACGCCAGUUAGAAGAGCAGAAGAAGCAAGCUCAGGAUCACAGGCUGAAAUCACAGACAGUUCAAAAUGUGGUACUGAUGCCUGUGAGCACUCCUAAGCCUCCAAAGAGGCCCCGGCUCCAGCGGCCUGCCUCCACCACCGUCCUGAGUCCUUCUCCUCCUGUCCAGCAGCCUCAGUUCACAGUCAUCUCACCCAUCACCAUCACCCCAGUGGGUCAGUCAUUUUCCAUGGGCAAUAUUCCAGUGGCCACCCUCAGCCAGGGCUCCAGUCCUGUGACUGUCCACACACUGCCUUCUGGGCCUCAGCUCUUCCGCUAUGCCACAGUGGUCUCCUCUGCCAAGAGCAGCUCACCAGACACAGUGACCAUUCACCCUUCGUCUAGCUUGGCACUGCUAAGCUCCCCUGCUGUGCCGGAUGGGAGUACCCUGGGCAACAUGACCACCAUGGUGAGCCCUAUGGAAUUGGUGACCAUGGAGUCCGGCCUGACUUCAGCGAUCCAGGCUGUUGAAAGCACCUCAGAGGACGGGCAGACCAUCAUUGAGAUUGAUCCAGCCCCAGACCCAGAGGCUGAGGAUACUGAGGGCAAAGCUGUCAUUUUGGAGACAGAGCUGAGGACUGAGGAGAAAGUGGUGGCUGAGAUGGAAGAACACCAGCAUCAAGUCCACAAUGUGGAGAUUGUGGUCUUGGAGGAUUAACUGGGGAUCUUGGGGCCAGGAGAAAUGUUUUGGUUUGGAAUUUUAAUUAUUUGUUUAUUUUUAUCAUUGUCCCACUCAUUUCCACAUAGGAUGCCCCCCCUUUUUUUUAAAAAAAAACACAACAAAAUCUCAUUGCUGUAACUGAAAUGUUGGGUCUCUCCCACCCCAUCAUUGAAAAAUGGACAAAAAUAAGCUGCCCUUCCAGAAGUUAAGAGUAGGUCACUCAGUGUCUUACCCCUUUUACACCAAGAAUGUUAUUUCUUUUAGGGAAGGCGUUAAUAUAACCAGAAAUCCCAUCCAGAAAGCCCUUUUCAGACAGGUCUGUGUAUGCAUGUUGUUUUAUCCUUGUAAAGAUGCAUUGACCAAUCUCUGGAACACAGAUCUGAUACUGGAAGGUAACCUGCUCAUCUACGGGUACAGGAAGAUACUUUAUUUUGUAUCCUGGAAAGGGCCCUCAGAGGCCAGGCAAAACUCUGAAACAAAAGGAAGUUGAACUCUGCUUGGAGGGGAAGGUGGCAUACCAGCUUAAAAGGGAAGUGCGUUGGCCAGGAUGAGGCGGAAAUUAUCUGCCAGAAGUGCAACUGAUGCCUCUUGAGCUCUCUGAGGGUUGCUAGCCUGGGUACCAGGAGAGGCUGGUGAUAAGUGGAAGGUGCAUCUCUGCAGAGGAAGUGGCAUCAGGAACCAGGGGUUCCACAGAAUCAGAAAUCCAGAGGUCACAGCUAUGCUGUAGGAUUUGAGCUGGUAGCCCAACUUGUCCUCCACUUUCAAAGCACUUACUGUCCUAAACUAGGACCAGUCCAUUCAUCCCAAACUCUGAGGUGGUAUAAGUUGCUCUGGUUCUUGAACUGGGGCUAUCGGGGUUGGGCCCCAAGGCAAUGUUUGUGCUGCAUGAUUGUCAGAGCAGUGGAGUUCCUCAUCCAGAUCAGCUGUCUUUUUUUGAUGGGGCCCCCUUUUGGCUUUGGAACCAAAAGCAGCCACUCAUUUGGUGCUUCCUCUUGUUAUCCUCCUUCACUCAACUGUUAAUGGCAUCUGUCUCCCAGAUCCCACGCUCUUCAGCUUUUUGGCUGAUUUGGUGAACAGUGACAGGUGCCUGGCUGUCUUCAUCCCCAUUUAGAUUCAUUUAUACCACAGACGUUUCUGUGAAAUAGUGAGCUCAUAAAAAAGCCUUAGGCUUGGCAGGGAAGACUUGACACCCCCAGCCUAUCCUUAAGUACUGAGUAGAUGUCUCCUCCUGAGUGAGCUGGACUCCCUGGGAAAGAAGCAUUAUAUGCAACAUUAUAUUAUAGGAAAUGUACCAGGAAUGUUAAUAAUAAUGUCUUCGGGGUGAGGGGUGAGAGGACUUUAUUUCCUUUUUUUUUUUUUUUUUUUAAUAUUGUUUGUAUAUUUUAGAGUUGGGCCAUUUUUCAUGCUGUGAUUCUCUGACCUGAAUUUUCAGUGUUUGGGGCAAGAGUGGACCUGGUUUUUAUUUCUUUGGCUGCAUUGUUUAUUGCACUAGGAAAAACAUAGGGAAACUGCAGACAAUUUAAAGGACAAUUAGGUCAAAAAGAAAACACCUUAGGAAUGGAAGACCUUUUUUUUUUUUUUUUU